CAUCAUCUCGCCGUGUGCUCGUGUGCUUCUCCAAAUUGGCCAAGAUCAGUCGUCUUCGGGUGUCUUCGAGUGGUUGAGCAGCAGCAAAAAACAGCCACCCUGCAGGAUAAGGUUCACAUCCUGAGCAUUUUCGGUGCUCUCGAGAGUGAAUUUAUUCACUGCUGAGGAACUCCUGCUCCUGACUUCUGGGCUCGAUACGUUUUAUUGUCAAUUAAAUUGGAUGAGAGGCAACCAAGGAAAAUGCAGCAUAGUCCAAUCUGCUAUUUGAGUUGGCGAUUGUAAAUAGUGGCGACAGAGUUCAGUCACCCGAAUCGACAUAUUGGCCUCCCCGUGUGAGCAAUGCACGAUGGAGUCAAACACGACAACAGUGGGUGGUGGGCGCCGGGGAAAGUUUCAGCAUCCGCAGUUGCAUCAGGCGCCUACGACAAUGCACCACCACGAGCACCACCACCAGAAGCAACACCAUCGCUACCCCAAAGACGACAUCGCCAUCAAGUACCCUGGAGGCCGGUACUCCAACCUCUGCUCACCCACUCACCCGCCCUUCCCGCUCUUCCCGCCGCCGCCUGACUGCCCACCGCCGCCCCACAACGGCACCUCGCCCACCGGUGCCGCCAAGGCCCCGCGGAAGAAUCACUGCUACCCAGACGAUCCGGACAGCAUAGAACUGUGCCUGGAGGAGCCGCCCGCGCCCACUAAGGCAUACAAGGGCGGCGCGCUGAACGGCAUCGCCGGCAGCUCGGCGGCCGCCGUCAGCAGUGAGCCACAGAUAAAAUGGUCCAGGAAUAAUAUAGCUGCCACGAUGGAACGAUACGAGCCAUCGACUAGUUCUUACGGUCCAGCCCUGCACAACCACUCGAUGUACCAUCAAGACUACUCGUAUGCGUACUACGAGCCCGGUGCGGCCAUGCGCCAUUCCAACGUGCCAGUCCCUGGCAUUCCGGGGACAUCCACGCAGAUCGCCGCCGGCCCAUCGCGGCCGCCACCGCCGAAUUCGAUAAGGGCUCUCCUGUCCAAGUCCUGCCGCAACUCGGCCAACUCCACAACGCCCGGCGACAGGCACACGUACACCACGCGAUACGGCACGCAGGAGAACAUCUACGAAGAGAUCGGAGGCGAUGGCCGGAUAAGGAUCUUGUCGUCGGGUCAGUCAAUGAUCAGUCUGAAUCAGAGCAUGGUGGAGGAGGAGCUUCGAAGGGUGCAGAAUCGCCACAGGCGCGUUCUGGGUGAGCUUAAUCUCUCGGUGGAGGCCAUGAUUAUGCCGUCAGCCUCCCCAACGGACAGCCCGACGGAGGAGGAGCCGCCGCGGGAGCCUGAGAACUUAGCCGAGCUCCUCAACUCGGUGGGACCAACGGAUGAGCUGCUGUCGCCCGUGAGUUCUCAGGCGAUCGGCGGUGGAGGUGAUCUCGACAGUGGCUUCAGUGGGAGCAGUAGUGGUGCUAGUUAUGUUGGGAGUUUACGAUAUCACAGGACGAAUUCGGCCAUGUCCACCUUCCCCACGCGAUCCUCGACACCCAGUGCCGGAGGCGGAGGAUCAAUCUACGGCGGCAGCUGCAGAUCGUCGCAACGAUCACACGAGGAUCCCGGCAUAUCGUCCUUCUCCACGCGCUCCUGCUCAUCCUACAGCAGCGCCAAGACGCACCAGCGUCCGGCCGAGGAUCCAGGGCCCAGCAGCAACUGCUCAGAGACGCCCAAGCCCAGCAAAAGUAGCUUCUGGAGUCGCAAAGGGUGGCGGAAGUUUCCCGGAUUUUCCAGUACAACCAGUGUCAAUAAAGCCGGUGCUACAAAUGAUGAACCCAACCUGAACUCAGGAUCUUGGGAGGACACCCUGCCCUUGUCCGUGGCCAACAAGGCUGCCAUGGCCACAGCACGACACAGCGGAAGCGUGGCAUCGCCUCCAGGUGCGACCCUUGCUCCCGCCCACGACCAGAGGAAUCUCUCGCACACCCCAUCAGCGCGGACAGUGUCCAGUGAGGAGAGCUGGUGCUCCGAGGGAGCGGGAUCAGAGCGAUGUCUCUCCUCGGAUGACGAGGACGAGAGUGAUCGGAGUGCCACGUCCAGCGUCACUCCUCGCAACAGUCAGCUGAGGUCCACGUUCAACAAGGCGCGCCACCAUCUGUCCUUCGACAAAUGGCGCUCCAGCAGCAGCGCCUCCAUGCCCACAGCGCCGCAGCCCGAGUCCACGACCCCCGGCGAGAGUCCCGGAGGACGCUUGUCGCGCUGGUUCUCCAUCCGGCGCGGAUCAUCACAUCAGUACGACAUCAGCGGGAAGGAUUCCGGCGGUGACUCGACCGAUAACUCUGCCCAGCAAACACCCACCCAAUCCAGUGCCAGUCGCACGCCCUCGACCACUGGGAAGAUGCCCCAAUUGUCCGAAAGUGAGGAAGACUCGCCUUUCGGCUUGAGCAACUUAAUGGGCAGCCGGAGCAACGGCUCCCUCCUCUCCCUCACCACUCGUAGUGGGAUUGUGGGCAGGCAGUUGCCACCAACUUUACCCCCAGCGCCCGCAGGUUUGUCUCAGGAACAACUUAAACGGCGACUAAUUGUCGCCUCAAUCUGUCACAGUGAGAAUUCUUAUAUCGGAACACUUCAACGUCUAGUCAAUGAUUAUAAGAAGCCAUUGGAUGAGAGUUCGCCACCAAUUCUCAGCAGCUCAAAGAUAUCGACGCUCUUCUAUCGUUUACCUGAAAUUCUUCAAUGCCAUACCCUUUUCCGGAUCGCCAUGGCCGAGUGUGUGAGAAACUGGGAUCGUGACGAGAAAAUUGGCGACGUCUUCAUUGCUGCCUUCAGCAAGCCCAUCGUUCUGGACAUCUACAGUGGCUUCAUCAACAACUUCUCGGCCGCCAUGGAGUUGGCCAAGAUGGAGGCGAAGAGGAAGUCCGCCCUGGCGGACUUCUUCAAAGUCAAGCAGAUCAGCGCUCACGACAGACUAUCCUUUUUCGGUCUGAUGGUGAAGCCAGUGCAGAGAUUUCCCCAAUUUAUCCUUUUUCUUCAGGACUUGUUGAAGUACACUCCACAAGGACAUCAAGACCGAAUGGCACUUCAAUUGGCGCUCACACAACUCGAAUCCUUGGCUGAGAUGUUGAAUGAAAGGAAGCGCGAGGCGGAGCAAUAUCAGGCCUUCAAGGAGAUGCUGGGCCACAUCAGUGGCACAUUCAAUACGCGAUCUCUCUCCACGGAUGGCAACAGCCGGAAUCGAUGUCUCUUGCGUGAGGACAACGUGACCCAGCUGGAGUUCAACCAGUGUGGCUUCAUCGUGAAGAGCAAACAGAGGCGUCUCCUUCUGCUGAACGACAAAGUGAUCUGUGUAUCCGUGGCGCCGAAGCAGAGUUCGGACUUUGGGGCCACUGAGAAGCUCUCCUUCAAGUGGAUGUUUCCUGUGGCGGACGUGGAGAUCGUGGACAACAGCACAUCGGCCACAUUGUCGAGAAUCCUCACGGCGGGAUUGAAUCGCGGUGGGAGUCUCAAAUCCAAUGCCAGCCAAUCGAGUGGCCCUGAUGGCUCUGCCGCGACGAAUGGCGCAGAUAAUUUGUGCAACGAAAUGAGCAAUCUCAUGCAUGACUAUGAAAUUGUGUCGAGGAUCAAUGAUCUCGUUGGCUCUCUCAAAGGUUCCUACUCUGAAAUCAGCACAGACAUCACACGAAAGAUCAUGCAGAACAUCCAGGGAUCCAUUCAGAAGAAGGACGAAGAAAUGGCCUGGAUGGAUUCAUGUUGUCUGCAAUUGGUGGCGAAAUCCAAGUCCGGCAAGGAAGAAACCUUCACAUUCCAGACGGAGAAUCCAUCCGUGAAGAAAGAGUGGAUCACUGAACUUCGACUAGCUCAGCUGGCUCUUGAUCCCAACAAUUCACCCUCGUGGGAAGUGCCUGACCACGAGAGGAGACCCCUAACGAAAAUGCCCCUGUUCGUCAAGGCUCAGUCGAUAAACAAGACGCAGCAUCAAACCGAAGUGCGCUGCGGAUGCUACUAUUCGAUCACGAGCUCUCGCUUGACGGCACGGCGGAAAACCAGGGUGCAAAACUACCUGUGGAUCUGCACGACAGACGGCACGAGUAGUAGAAUUGCCAUCCUCGUGCAGCAUCCUCAGCAGACGGGUCUCCUUAAGGAUGUGAGUGCAUUUGAUCUCCCGGACACUGUGGCCACGGCGAUGGAGUUUGUCCGUGGAACUUUGGGAGCUGGAGAAAUGGACGCGUCGUGUGAUGGAAUCGUGGAUGGAGAUUCAGUGUGGAUUGGCACGGAUAACAAGAAGAUCCUCGUGUACGCCGCCUGCAAUCCCGAGCAGGAGGAACAAGUGGCCACUUGUCCAGUGCCAGGGAAUGUUUCCCAGAUCCUCCAUCAUUCAGACUACGUGGCAGUAUCAUUGAGUAGUGGCUGCGUUCUCAUAUUCAGGAAACGCCCCGGAGGAUCAUGGAAUUUGGCUGAACCUCAAGUGGUGUCUCUGGCCUCGUCUGAACCUGUGACCAGUGUCCUCCCCAUCAAUGCGAGCAUUUACGCGGCGUGUGGAAAGAAAGUGUGGGUCUUAUCCAGUGAUUCGGGAGAAAUCACUAAAACUUUCGAGGUGAAGAAUAGUCAACAUCCUGGGAGUUUAUCAGUCAAUCUUAUGGCUCAUAGCGGAAUUGGACUGUGGAUCUCACUGAAGCAUUCUAGCAUAAUUUGUCUCUAUCACACGGAAUCAUUCAAGCAUCUUCAGGACCUCAACAUUGCCUCGAAUGUGCUGAAACUCACUUCGUCACAGAAGGAGUCGCCAUCAAGCUCGUCUUCUGUCUUUGUGACAGCGCUGAUGGCCACAAAGGGACUUCUGUGGGUGGGAACCAAUGUGGGGAUCGCUCUGACGAUUCCUCUGCCUCGACUGGAAGGUGUUCCCAUCAUCAGUGGUGGCGUCAGUAUAUCUUAUCACGCUCACUUUGGACCCAUUACCUUCCUGCUGCCGCUUAUUCCGAAGAUGACUCCUCCGGCUCCAAAAGGCAGUGCUUUGAAAGGAACUCCAGGAAAAGGUGGCUCUUCCAAGGGUCAGGAGAAUGAGAGUGGAUCUCGAGAGUCACCUUCUAACAAUUCUGAUCACCAACCAGUGAUGCUGGCACGUCGGAAGAUCGAGAAGCAACUCUCCACGGAGUCUCCAGUUUCUGUCAUCCCAGCCAAAUUGAAGGCCCAUCUGACCAAUAGUCCGGUGGUGUUGAGGCGUCAGCGCUUCAAGGAAGCCAGUGAGUCCAUGAGAAUGUCUCAAACUCUGCCCAGAGGUCUUGGAUCAGGCGGAUUCUUUUCCCAAUCUUCCCACUCGAAUGUAUCUUCACUGCAUGGAUCAGAGCAUGGAUGUUGCGAUGUUUACGGACUGUAUGGCGGCUUGAUUUUCGUCAAGGAAGACUAUGAGGCUGAGGAAGGUCAGGGAAAUCUGAUGGAUCCAUCCUAUGAAUGCUUGCGUAGGAGUGAUCCUGAGCUAAUUCCAAUCAAAGUCAGCACCCUCGAUCGUCGGAUGCGCAUGAAAGUCUCUCGGCCACGAUCACUGGAUCUCUCGAACUGGUCUGUGGACUCUCGUUCCUCCAGCAUGUACACCUCAUCGGGUAGUGAGGAGAGCAUGGGAGUUCGCCUGCAGAGUGUCUCACGCAACAGCAGCAACGCCAGUCGCAAGAUAAAUGCCACGGAGACUCCGAUUCCGGUGGAGAAUCACGAUCAUCAUGAGAUUCAUCAGCCAACUCACACAAUUGUCGCUCCUGUGGAAGCUCAGACAAACAACCAAAUCCACCCCGCAAUCCCCGCCACUAUGCAGAGACCCAAGAAGAACGGGAAGCAGACUCAGCAGCUUCCGGAGAUCGCUGGGAAGCGCACGAUCAUCACGCUGACCGGCGGUCGCGGCUACAUCAACUGGCGGCAUGUGUGGUACAACACCAGCGAGAAGCAGCAGAGGUCCGGGUCCAUCAACUCCAUCCCGCGUGUGCCCAAUUCCAGCGAUGCUCACAUCGUCGUGUGGGAGAAGAAGCUGUAAAGCUGGACUCUGUCUCAGUGCCAUAGAGUGCGAUUGUGGCGCGUUGGAAGGAUUUCAGGCGAUUAGCGGUGGCGAAGUGAAAAAUUUCAAAUGUGAUUGAAUUUAAAAGAGAAAGUAUAAAUUAUUAACUUUUUUAGAAGUGAAGAGAAGCACUCUUUUUCGGACUAAUGUACUGAAAGAAUGAAGGAAAGCUCUAAUGACACAAUUUAUUGAGGAUAACUCGUACGCUAUUUAAAGUUUACAUUUAUGUCAUUCUUUUUUAGUUUGUAGAUAGUCGUAAUGAACAUCAUGUAUCACAUUUAAGUUUUCCCCACUCUUCGGACAUUUUAACAGGACAUUUUACAGAGAGAAAGUGAAGAAAAAUCGUGUAAAAAAAAUUGUAAUUUCAGUGUCUACAGAAUCAUUGGAUGCAUUAUAGUAAAGCAA